AUGACUCCUCCUGCCUCCAGGCCGUCUCCCGAAGAAGCAAAGGAGGCGGGACGGAAGGUCCGGCGUCACCGCCUCCUCUCAGCCGCCCUCAAAAUCACGAUGGCGUGGAUGGGGAGACGAGGGGGCUGCGAGCGACUCGCGGGCUCCGCCAGCCCGCCGGUUCUCUCUCUCGACCUCCCCGAGUCCUCUAUGGACCUGCCGGCCUCGCCAGCGUGCGCGGCCUCACCUAGGUUGGCUUUGCUCUCCUCUUCUCCCGUGUCGGGCGCCUCCCCGCUGUUCUCUCCCGUCUCUGUCUCGCGUCCUCGGAGCCCCAGGCUGGUCUCCUCUCGAGGCUGGCCACGCUGGGAGGCGGGGCGCGACCUCAGCGCGUGCAUCGCUGAUGCGCUGCCGUCGCCAGGGCCGCACAGUGCGGAUGUCGAAGAGACCCGCCGCGCGCCGUCUUUUCUCUUCGCGCCUGUGCAUGCGUCCUCUCCACUGUCGCGAACAGAAGACAAAGAAGACGACGGCGUCCAGUUCUUCCUCGCCUGCGACGAGGACGAAGACGAAACUUCCCCGGCGACUCUGCCAGACUUGCCUCAAGGACAUGUUCUGCAGGAGGCGGCGAGAGCCUCCGCCUCUCUGCCGUCAAGCCCGCGACCCCCGUUCGCUCCGUCCACUCACUUCGACGCGUCGCCUGCGUCGUCCCUCGUGCCGAACGCGAACGCCGGAGGGGCCCGCCCCCGCGGAGACCUCUCGCAUGUGCCUGUGCCCUGUGGCGCCACGUACGCGCCCCGUGGCGACUCGGCGCAGCCUUCCUCCCCCUUCGCCUCCUUUGGCCAGCCGGGCGGCUCCGUGGGACCCGCGCAGGUGUCUGUACACAGCGUGCGAGACGGCAGGAGGCCUGGUGGCGCGGAUCCGAAGGCGCCACAUGGCCAGGCGCUCGCAAUGGCGCAUGCGAGCGUCCCGCCCGCGGCCGCCGGCGCGUUUUUUGAGGGCCCGCCUGCUGGCGACAACGCGGAGGGCUCUGUCCCGCGCCCCAGCUUCGGCCUGAAUGGACACGGGAGAGGCGCAGCAGGCGAGUCGCGAGAAGGGAAGGCGUAUUCUGCGCUCCAAGCUCAGAACGAGGGAUCGUAUUCCGCAUUCUCUUUCGGCAAACCAGCGGGCGCCAACCCCUCAGAUGACCCGCCGUUCGCUGCCUCCGCCGAGCACACCUCGCCGUCGCCCAGUGCUCCCCAGCCACGCCCGUCUCAUCAACUGCUUUCUGGUUUUCCUUCUUCUGGUCCCACCUUCGUGCUCGGGCCUGGCCCCGACGAAAAACAGUGGAGAGGCCCAGAAGGCUCCACCUUUCGCCCACCGGAAGACGGAAGCCGCCCGCCAUGUCUGCCGCAAAGUGCCGACGCGCCGUCUCGUCUGGCCGCUCUGUCUUUUCCCGCCUUAGCCAAAGGGCCAGGAAGCCGAGGAGACACGCCGUCGCAGCUCGGCCCGCCAGGGUCUCCAGCGCCGGCUGCGUCUCCGCGGGUCUUCGCUGCUUCUUCCCUCGGUCGUGAGUCUGCUCCUCGGCCCGAACUGUCGCAGGCCGCUGUCGAAAAACCCAGAGCUGACCCCACGGGGCGACGCCCGUGCUCUUCUGCGCCUCCACUGCCUGCCGUCUCUGCGUCGGGUCUUCCCGCGGGUCCGCAGGAUCGGUCUCCGGGAGGUUCCGAGGCAGCACGCUUCGCUUCAGCGACCGCGCCUGGGGUCUCUGCUCUUUCGGGCCCUGCAGCCCUUCCGCCUGCCGCGCGUUCGCCGGGUGGUCCGCAAGGCCCUCCCGAUGACUCAGGCCCGACAAGUCUGAAACUCGGCGGGAGAGGGGGCGUGAAGAGCCCCGUCGCCUCGCGGCCGCCGGGGCCUCUGAGUGCGAACCUCCAGACUUCCUCGCCGACGGGGGCGUCAGAUGCCGUCUCAGGGAAAAUCCCGCAGCCUGCGCCGCGGGGGAAUGGGCUCCCAAAGAUGGUCGGAGGCUCGCAUGCGCAUGCGAGUACCGGGAAGAAGGGGCCGUUAGGCGUUCCGGGGGCCGGGCCUGCAGGCCUGCCGGCGCCGGGAGGCGGCGUGGCACCGGCGGGCGUGGGGCGCCCGUUCGCGCAGGGCGUGGCGCAUGCAGAUCGACCAGGGUUAGGCGCGGACGCGUUUCCGAUCUUUCGAAGAGUGCCCCGGACUGUUGACGAAGCGGUUGUAGCCCACGCCGUUUCAGCUGCAGCGGCCGUCGAGAAGCAGAGCGUGUGGCCUGUGCUGGGGCUCCUGUCUCCCGCGGUGGGGGCGCCCCGCGUGGACGUGAAGGGGCCCGAGGGCGAAGACGGAAACAGAACAAAGGCCCGAGUCGCCGCCUUUGAGACCGAACUCCCCGCGAUGGACUGGCUUCCGUCGAUUCCGCGUUUGCUGCAUGUCUUUGACUACAUUGCACCGCCGAUCCUGCAAAAGUGUCUGAGCGAAGAGCCGGGAAGCGGAGGAAGCUCGGCGGGGAGAGCACGGGGAAGUGGAGACAGCUCGUCCGCCGCGCUCGCCUUGAAGCCGGCAGGGGCGAGACCGGACGGCGACGACAAGCCGACACCCCCCGCGAGUCUUCCUGCAGACGAGACCAAACGCGAGGGGACGUCAGAGAAAGCCGAGGUGUCUCCGGUGCCAGGCGCGCCUGUCUUCGCGGCGUCGGCGUGUCUUCCGCCCGCCUUUCCGCCUCCUGUCUCCUCUCUUCUGGCCCCGCCGCAGCCGCCCACGGGCGGCUUCGGGCGCGGCCCCUUUCCGCCUUCGAGCUCCAUUGCCUCCAUGGCGCUUCUCGCCGGCGCGGUGGACCCUGGGUGUCUCUUUUCGGGGACGUCGAGGCGCCAGGGCGGCCUCAGUUCGAAGCCACGGCCCCACAUCCACAGCCUUCUUCAUCCGCGAGGAUGCAAGCACCGCGGCCUGGAGCGCGAUGGCCCUCUGGGCUUUCGCGAACCUGCGAAAGGACACGCGGCGGUGAAGGGUGCAUGCGGAGCAUUCGACGAGAGAUCAGCGGGCGAUGUCGAAUACACUCGAGGCGACAAGCAGCCCGAGGUCUGGACUGCGUCUCGGCCCCUCCUUCCCCCUGAGCGGAGGCUCACAGUCAUCAGCCUCGACGUGAAGCGCGCCUGCGGACCCGUUCUGUUUGAACACCUUCGACGGAAACUCGAAAGACAGGCUGAGGCCGAGAGGGCGCAGGAAGGGACUGCGUCGCCACCCGGCGCCAAGGAGGGCGACGUACAGAAGAGCAGCAAGGCAGAACAAGACUGUCGAAAAGUACCGACUGGGAAAGACGGCGCAGACGUGAAGGAGAGCGGAGACGAGGGGAUGCCUGUACGGCCAGGCGGAGACAGCAACCCCGCGAGUGGGCCUGAGAAGGCCUCAGCGGACCGGUCGGGGUCGGGUGGCCGUUCGUCGAGCUUCAAAGCGAGCGGCACUUCUAUCGCGAACAGGCGACCUGCAAUCCCGUCCCCAGAGGAGAUGCUCUGGAAUAUUGCAGACUGGCACGAAGCUGUCGAUGCGCUGUGCGUUGCCUGGCUCGCCGACGCAGGCCUUCCUCCUGUUCUCUCUCUUCCCCACAGCCCGCCUUCGUCCACCUCGUCGACGUCUUUCUGGUCCUUGUCGAGUUCUCUUUCGCCGUAUCUUCUGCGGCAGCCUGUGUCAUGUCUCUCUGUUCUCCCGAAGCUGGCGGAAGACUGUCUCCGCGCUCCGCCCUCUGGAGGUAGCGCCUCUGCAGAACCGGCGACUGUCUCUGCAGGAGCUUCUCGGAAGCCGGAGGACCAUGGGGAAGGCGCGGAGGCGCCGUCGGAGCGGGCGGUCGGUUCUUCGGCAGGGGCGCAACCGCGGAAGGGUUCCGACGGGGAGAAAGCAGACGAGAGAGCGAAAACACGAAAUCCGGAAGAUCCAGGAGAGGUCGAGUGGGUUCUGGCCCUUGCAGAGAUCUUGGCGGCAGACGUUCGGCGCCAACUCGCAGGCGCUGCCGAGCGCGAAAUCGACUUCACGUGCCUCGUUCAAAUGGCCGACGCCUUGCAGAGAGACGACACCCAGCAGCGACAGCUAGUUGGGCUCCAAUUGGCGGGUCCGGGCCGAGAGGGCGAGCCCGGGGAUAGUCGCGCCCAGCGCAGGACUCCCGGGGGCGUGGAGGAUCAAGGAAGUCCGGCGGGCAUGGGGCGAGGAGACAGCAGCACGCCAAGUCCAUCCAUGGCAAGGCAGCAGUCUGACACCGUCUUGGCCACUCCGACAGACUCUUGGUCUUCCCUGUCAGGCCCUUCGGCGACACCGUCCCGCUGCUCACUUUCGUCUCUCGCGUCUCUGUCUGUGGGGUCAUCCGCCCCGAAAGACGAUCUCUGUGCAUCACCAGGGGCUUCCGCCGCGUCCUCGACAGCUUGUCAAGCGCCGGCGUGUGCGCAGCCGAGCAGCAGUCAAACCCCGCCCCUCGGCGCUUCGACUGGCCGUCUCCUUUCCUCAGUCCCUUCUGCGCUCUCCGUCAGGCUCGCGUCGCUUCUCUCCGCGUUCACAUGCAUCAUUGAGAUCGACGUGCAAGACACAGAAAGCGAAACUCGAAUUGACGACCGUUUCUACUGGAACCUCCGACACGGGGACGGCGCCGUCCUCGCCUACUGCCAGCAGCUAGGCGUCGACUGUUCCCUGUCGCCGUGUCUUGUGUCCCUCUACCGUCUCGCCUUCCACAGGUCGAUCGAGCGCCGCAGGCAGGAGCUGCUCUCCGAAUAUAAGACGCAGCUCAAAAGCUUCAACCGCACGCGCGGCCUCGGGUCGCCUCUAGUGACGCGCCGUGGAAACGGCCCUCCCACGUCUUUAGAUUCAAGAGGAGAAAAGCGUGCAGCGUCGCGAGAAGUCGGUUUCGGAGGCGGCCGAUUGUUCUACAGACUCGACAGGAGUCUGGAGGACGGCGGCUGCUCGAUUUCUCCAGGGGCGCGUCUUCUGCUUCCGUGGUCGACUUCUCUCGUUUCGUUUCGCCGGACAGCACCGACGGGCCAGCGUCCUUUUCUUCCUCUCUCCCCGCGCGCGACUCCUCGCGCGCCUCUCCUCCCGCACACCUUUCUCGAGCGCCUUCCCGAUCCGUUGCUCGCCAGCGCCGCUGCUGGGUCUUCUCCCCUGACCCAAGCCGUCCCGUCCCAGAACGGGGCAAGUGGGGCGGAGGCUGACAGCGCUUCAUUCUCGGGCGGAGGCGACAAAGGGACGCGGAAAUCGGCUCUUCUGUUUGAGAGAGAAGAUCGCCAGCACGACGGCUUUGAGCAGGGAGGCGCCGCGGACUUCGGCCCUCUGGUGUUCAGAGGCCCAGCCGCAGCUUUGUGGCCAGGACGAAAGGUCGGGCAGAAGCGUCGAAGACGCUGA